CUCUGUGUUGACGUCAACCCUCGCAUCAAGAGGGAGCCGGGAUCCAAAGCCUUUCGCUGGAGUGGAGCGAACGGGGGAGGGGCGGAAAGGUUUUCAUUUUAGCGCACGCGCACUUCUGGUGAACCCCCCCCCCACAGGAUUUCGCUCGCGGACCUCGGGAGUGCGAAGUCUGGGGAGGGGCGCGGAGUCGCCGGUGGGCGGAGCAGUGCGGCAGCGGCGCCCCCCCCCCCCCCCGUGGCGCUUGCCAACAUGGCGUCUCGGAGAUCUUGCUCCGCCUCAGAACAUGAUAGUGAUGAUGAUUCAUACGAAGUACUGGAUUUAACAGAAUAUGCAAGGCGUCAUCAUUGGUGGAACUGUGUGUUUGGAAGAAAUUCUGGACCUAUCGUAGAAAAGUAUUCUGUAGCUACUCAGAUUGUAAUGGGUGGUGUAACAGGCUGGUGUGCAGGAUUUUUAUUCCAAAAGGUUGGAAAGCUUGCAGCAACUGCAGUAGGCGGUGGUUUUCUUUUGCUACAAAUUGCUAGUCAUAGUGGCUACGUACAGGUUGACUGGAAAAGGGUUGAGAAAGAUGUAAAUAAAGCAAAGAGACAGCUAAAAAAGCGAGCAAACAAGGCAGCUCCUGAAAUCAGCACACUGAUUGAAGAGUCCACAGAAUUUAUUAAACAGAACAUAGUGGUUUCUGGUGGAUUUGUUGGAGGCUUCUUGUUGGGCCUUGCAUCUUAAAAGACAUGAUGUUUGUCUUCCUGCUGGCGCUUAACCUGGUAAACAAGAAUAGUAGCGAUACACAGUCUUUAAGCAAGGCAACUGGAGUCGCUCACUAAUCACUGCAGAGCAAGAUGGAUGGCUUUUCCAGACAAGUUGGAAUAUUUUACAUUUUAGGCUUUUGCCAUCUUAGGCUUGCUGAAGCAGGCUUGCUGAAAAUCUCUGUGGUAUGUUCAAGUAGCAUUGGGGAGGGGGAGACUGGCUUUUUGUCAUUAUUUUUUUGUACCUCAGAACUCUGUGAAUUACUUCUGUGUUACUUCUUGAUUCUAUAUCUUUUUCCAAUUUAAGGUACCGUAUUUUGUUUGUUCAAGGUUAUCUCAUGCUGUAGCAAAUACUGCCUAUGACUAAAUGCGUAGGUAUUGUGCUUCAUUCACAGAGCUAGCUAUCUUUUCUUAAAUAUCAGUGAAAUAAAAAUAAUCUAUACAAUACAACUGUAUUUUUUUUUUUGCAAGGAUGACAUAAAAAGCAAUUGUGAACCUAUUAAACAGUGAAAAAUCAA